AGUGCGUCGGUUGUCCAACGUUGGCGCCAGAUGAGCUGUGGCGCCAGCUACACACACAGACCGAGGCAGAGAGGAAGACACACAGCGGUUUGCUGAGGCUCACAACAGCUUGCAAAGCCCAUCUCAACCUAGACUUUUAAAACAGACAAACGAUUCUCCUUUUUCUCCUCCUUCUGCAAUCAAAAAGCCACGGAUACAAAGGUUUGCUAACUAACAACGCCGGUGCUGCGCGGAUCAAACAAACCUACAUUACCCCGAUUCUUUAUUGAGUAAUCGUCCGGCAGAAAAACGGAGGUCGCAGGGCUGGAGUGUGUCCUCAUGGCGGAGUCAGAGACUGAAUGUGACACACCCGGCCUUGACACGCUUGGGUCGGAGUGUGUCAUAGCCCACAGCCAUGUCGACCUACAUUAUGGAGCAGAAACGGAGAUCAUGACUGAAGAAAAGCGUGGACUAGAGCUGGAGAUCCAUGGCUCAGACUUAAAGAUCCAGGGCCUGGGCGAUGGUCUUGGAGCUGUAGCCUGCGUGGAUGCAAUUGUAGCCGAAACAGACCAUGAUUACAUUAAGGUGGAACAUGGUGAGAUGCACUGUUUCACGGGAGCAGAAAUCAAAACAUCAGGGACCGAGGCUCUGCUGGGUGAGGUGCUGCUCAAGGCAGAAAGCGAGCAUGUGGUGAAAGUGGAGUCCGACCAUGGCGGAGAGCUGACAGUGGAGUCUGAGAACGGCGUGAUCAUACAUGAAGCCCAUGGCCUGCAGUGUAACGAGUGUGGGGAGAUUUUCGGCAGCAUAGCUGAUCUUCACCAGCACUUCGAGAUCCACAAGGACCUCAAUCCUUACAUCUGUGUCCACUGUGGUGAAAGCUUUGCUGUGGAGGCCAGUCUGAAGCAGCACAUGAAGAUCCAUAUGAAAGAGAAGCCCUAUGUUCCCCCUGGAGUCGAGAUUAUGGGCAAAGAUGUUAUCGAUGCCUUCAGCCUCAAGUCUCAUCAAAUGAUUCAUUUACCAGACAAGCCCCACAGAUGCUCGGAGUGCGGUAAGAGCUUUGCUGCUGCCAUCACCCUGAGAGAACACAUGAAGAUGCAUUCAGAGGAUAAACCAUACAAGUGCACUCAGUGCAGGAAGAGCUUUGUCCGCAGAAGGCAUCUGAAAAAGCAUCAGGAGGUCCAUGCACGCGAGAAGCCAUAUACCUGUGGGCAGUGUGGCAAAGGCUUUGCUACAACUUCCAACCUGAAGCAGCACCAGAAGACACAUGCUGCAGUUGUGCUAGGCGACAAACCCCAUCGUUGCGCACAAUGCGGAAAGUGUUUUGCGGCCGCUGCCACUCUGAGAGAGCACCAGAGGAUCCACUCGGGUGAGAAGCCAUACAAAUGCAACAUGUGCAGGAAGAGCUUUGUCCGCAAACGCCACCUGAAGAAGCACCAGCAAGUCCACGCCGGAGGCAAGCCCUACACCUGCAGACACUGCAACAAGGGCUUCAACCACUCGUCUUCUCUGUCUCGCCACCACAAGACCCACCUGCAAAACCCGGUGUUUUCUCCACCUCAGCCUGGGAAGACCCUGACUUACGGCACUCCCCCGAAGCAGAGAGUGCACCAACAGGGAGACAAGCCCUACAUGUGCCACCACUGCGACAAGGGCUUCAAUCAUUCCUCGUCCCUGUCCCGGCACCAAAGAGUCCACUCUGAGGGAAAGAGCUACACCUGCGCUCACUGUGGCAAAAGAUUCAAUCACUCCUCCUCCCUGGCUCGGCAUCAGAGAGUUCACUUGGAGAACAAACAGCAACAGCAGCAGCCGCAACCACCACAGCCGCAACCGCAGCAGUACACCACCAUUCCCACAGGGAAGGGAUUCCCUAACAAUGCCUUCCCAAAACAGCGCAUCCUGUCAGUUGAAAAACCAUACAGGUGCUCCCAGUGUGGAAAAGGCUUUAACCAUUCAUCUUCUCUCUCCAGACAUCACAGAAUCCAUGUUGAUCAGUGAGCUCCUUUCCCCCAUCCUCACAUGCAAGCGCAAACAUUCAUGCUCCCACACCCUGUUUCUGUUCGACAGUCCCAUCAUUGAUAUUGUAACACCACAGGAAACAUCAGGCCAGCUUCUAUAGACAAAAAAUGAUCCAGUCAUUACAUUACUACUUUAAAGUGGAGAAGCUGAGAAUAAACAUACAGCAAGUCUUCAUAAGGAAAGGACUGUGUGGCCGAUUAAUUCAGAGCUGAACCCAGGACUUUGUGCUCAGAAUAAAGAGGGUGUCAUAGGUUGUGAAGGAGCCUCUGUUCUUGUUUGUGAUUGUGCUUCACCUUCUCCAGGACCUCCUUUUGAACACUUUUAAAGAAGAAAAAAGUUAUUUGAAGAUCGACAUGAUAAAAUUGUUACCUGUGGGGAAAUUUGCUUCACCCUCUGGUUUGUCAUUUUUGAUAGAAGAGUUCAGUUUAUGUAACGUCAGGUGGGCACAUGCGCUUUUCAGCUGCAACUUUAUUCAACGCUACCAACUCAAUUUGGUGAACAAAAACUGUUGUCUCAAUUUAAAUAGUUUUUCUUUUUCACCCACAUAACCCAUUUGAAGCAAACAUAAAAAAAAAUCCAAUGUAAAUACUUAUUGAUUUUUCUUUUAUAUAUAUAUGUAUAGGUGACUAGUGUGCUGUUCCAAAAGAUUACAUUUUUGAUAGUAAGAUCCACUUUGUCUCCACUUUUUUUUCCUUUAUGACUUUAAUUUGUUUUAAGUGUUGGAGAUAAACAUGUUGCAGGUGUUCUCAUGCAGCUUGUUCUUGAAUUUGGGCUCCAUCGGACAUGAGCCAUCUUGUAUAUUUAUAAGGUUGUUUUCUUCUAUGUCUAUGAUGGGUUAGCACUGCUGCAAAGACUGUACAGAGAGCAAUACUGGCCGUUACCUGAUUCUAUUAUGACAUGCAAUUAGCCAUAAGGAAAUGCAUAAUAGAAAAUAAAAACCUACUGGGUAGCAUAUGACAACAUGACCUGUGUCCAAUUUUUUUACAGUGCAGUUUCCUUUGUACCCACACACCAAAUGUACAUGAAAUGCAAAACCACACUUUAACUGCUUUGGAGACUAAUUCAAUGACCUGUGUAUCUGAUAAAGGUAACUCUGACUCAUGUUGCAAACUACCACAAUUUGAUCUAAAAAAAAAAAAAAAAAGAAUAAGGUUUGUGUAUACUAAAAGACUACACGAGAUAAUCUCACUUUUACAAGACUUAAAGAUUUUUCUGAAUUCCAAUGGAUUGUGCUCUAUUUACUGUUCUGUGUAAAAUAUCUUUUACAAACUGAUGUAUUUUUUUAGAUAUGGCUUGGGUUAUAUGAAAGGGAAUGAGAGAUAUACAGUUUUUAUGGGAGUGAACAUGGUGAGCAAUAUUUCUUUUCUUUUAAUUUGGAUAACAAUUGUGCUUCAAACUGUAGCAUAGUUUUCUUCCUUGUGUUAGAUAGGUGCCUUAUUGCAUGCUAUGUAGAAAUGUAUGCCGAGCUGUUUGAGAAAAGAGUUAGGGUUUUUCAGGAGUCUUUUGUUCUUAUUCAUACUAACUUACCCUACCUUUUUAAUUUGUUGUCACUGAUACCUAUUGCUUUUUUUUUUUUUUUUUUCCUUUCGCUUUUGUGUAUAUUACCAUGUGUUUACACUGUUACGACCAUACUGUCUUUAUUUGCUUUCCCCUUCAUUUUUGUCAAUGGCCUCAUUGUAGAAAGAAAUUGUAAAUUAUCCAUAUAGGCUUCUCUUAAGGGCAAAUCCUGUAACACCUCUUCCCAAUUUCUGAGUGGCACAUAUAUGGAUAAAUAAAGGUUGUUGACUCUCAA